UUCGCCACGCAACGAUAUUUAUUUUUUGGCUACUCUCAGCUUGAGCAAUAAGAUGCAUACGGACGGGCAUGAGGAGUCAACGGAGCUGAGGCUGAGCCUCGAUUUGGGUAUUUCCAAUCAACAGCCAGCUGAGGGCAUCGAAGUGGCAACAAAUCUGCAAAUGCCUGGCAAAUAUUGCCCAAAAAAUAACCAACAGCAUCGAGGACGACGACGACGCAGCGGAGCCGAGAGUGCCAAAUGGAAGGCAGCUGGUGGAUUCUCUGGCAUUUUUUGCUGGUCCAUCAAUAUGGCCAUUUUGAUUUGGCUAGCACAUUGCACGAAUGCCGUGCCCACCGACAGCAUCAGCAGCAGCAGCAGCCACAGCGCAUCCUCUACAAUUGUCAUGGCCGCGGUCACGCCGAGCAGCAUCAGUUCGAGUGGCAGCAGCACUACCGAAUCGCUGCUGGAGCAGCAACAGCCGCAGGGCCAAUGCCUGCUGGAUGGCAUUUGGGUGCCGGAGACGACGGUGCACUGCGAGAAGCAGACGAGCUGCCGCGCCAUUCAGCGCACCGGCCACUGCUGCCCCGAUUAUAAAUGCGAUUGCCAAAAGGACGGCAAGACUUAUGCGAAUGGCUAUAAAUUGGUUGAUCCGGAUACACCCUGCACCGUGUGCUAUUGCAAAGGUGGAGAAAUUGUGUGCAGCCCUGUGACCUGUUUCCGGCGCGAUGAUUGCAUGCCCAAAUACGUGCCCGGCCGCUGCUGUCCGGAGUACGACAACUGCCCCAUUCUUGACAACAAUCCGCCGCUGUCCAGUGAAUCGAGCAGCGCGGCACCGUCGACCGCGAAGCCAGCGCCGGCUGCACCGCCCGCCGGUUUCAAUUGGAAUAUAACCAUCAAGGAGAUUACCAAGCCGACAGAGAUACGCAUAACUGAUGACAAUCACAAGGUCAAACAGACAAUACCGACGCGCAAGGCGUCCAAUACCGAAGCACCGACAGCAGCAACAAGCGCAGCAACAACAACAACAACAACAACAACAGCAGCAGCAGCGACACCCCCUGCAGCAGCAGCUGUUGCUGAUGGCCCAACAGCAGCAACAGAUAUACCGGCAAGUGAAGCAACAACACCACCAGCAGCAGCGGUGGCUAGCACCACAGCAGCAGCAAUGCCAACGGCAGCAGCAACAGACUCGCCGGCAACACCAACGCCUAGCCAAGACACAAACCCGAAAGCACUUCCAGUCAAUGGCAGCGAGAGCUUAAAGCUCAUCGCCUCAGUCGGCUACAUUGAGCGCCCGCUCUCGCAUAACAAGCCGCUGGUCACCUACAAUUCAGACAGCUUGCAGCCGCUGGCCGAGAACGAUCCCAGCAAGGUGAACAUCAAGCGGGAGUAUACCACAGAGGGCGUGGCCGGGCUGCUGGGCAGCAAAGCUGAGGCCGUGCCCAUCGGAGCGAGCUCCAUAUUUCUGCAGAAUGGCUUCAGAGAUGCGCUCGUGGAGAAUGCAGCGGAACUAGAGCCAGACACGGCGGGCGGGGGGGGCAUCUACCACAUCAUCUCCACCACAGAAGGACCCACCGGCAGCAGCACCAGCAGGGGGGGGAGCAGCAGCAACAAUCCCAGCAGCACAGAGCGCACAUCAAUCUCGAGCACAGAGGGGGGGGUGCAGUCCACUGACUACAGCUCUACAUACAUCUCAAAUGUAACCUUCGAGCAGGGGGGGGGUACGGAGGGAUUAAUGGCCAUCAGCAGCAGCAGCGAGCUGCCAGCCUCAAGCAGGGGGGGGCCCGUGCAUCACAUGGAGGAGGAGGAUGUGCCGCAGGUGGAAUCCAAUCCCGCGGGGGGGGCGCUGCCCGAGGACGAUUUCAGUCUGCGUGAUGUCAACUUUCCGCUAGUCGAGGGGGGGGGGAUUGUGGAGGCGGAGACCAAAGAUGAGCAGCGCAGCAUUGUGAGCCCCUUUGAGCUGGACAACAAGCGCACCAAGCUGGUCACGGAGAGCAGCUUGGAUGCCAGCGGCAAUGGCAGCGGCGCCGGCAGUGGCGGCGGCAGCGGCGACUCUGAAUUCUAUCUCGGCUCCACAACCGGGGGGGGGCUGAGCGCAGCAACCAAUUUGGAAAAGGCCACCAUUCUGCAAGUGCCGCUGAUGUACAGCGCCGAGGAUAGCUCUGCCGAGACGCGCAUACAGAACGUUAACGAACUGGCCAAGAUCAGUGCCAGGCAGACGGAGAACGAGACCAGCGGCGAGCUGGACACGGGCAGCGGCCAAGGGGAGCUGCGUGAGCCAACAACGCCACGAGCCCAGCGACUGCCCGCCGUGGACAUAGACGAACUGGGCUCCGGCUCUGGCUCCGGCGCUGGUCAGGCACAGGGCGCCCAGGAUCCCAAAGCCGAUGCUGAGAGUCUCAAGUUGAACGAGAGCCACGAGCAGGCGGACAAUGUGGUCGAAACCAAGGCGACAUCGCGUGCCGAGAAAAGUUUCGUCGAGCAGCGAGCAGCGGGCGCGGUACAUCAUCUCGAGCGUCUCUUUCUGCAGCGGAUAUACUGAGAGUGAGUGAGUGAGGUAGCACAACUAAGAUUUUGGUGUAUAUAAAUACUAUAUGAAACGUAGCAGAGCUGUAAUUGGAGACAAUUACUUCAGUAGAGGGAAAAAGAAAAUGCAAGUGCUUGAGUAAGGCGAACAACUAGCCAAAUGCCAUGAUAAUUCCACUGCAAUUAUCAAGGAAUUAAAAUAUUACUCAAGUAAUUGUUGUUUUUUUCUUCUUAU